UUGGAUUGCCACUCAGACUCUAAUAGCUGGGACGCACAGGGAAACAUGCCCGCAUCGCAAACUGGAUUUGGCAACUUCUUCUUGGACAGGAACAUCAGCAUGCCGACUGGAUAUCAGAUCCCGGUGCUGGGAUGCCCACCGGGUGUGCAGCAACAGCAGCAGGCUCAGCAUCUGGCAGCGAUGGCAGCUGGGGUUCCUUUAACAUACUCAGGGCUACAGGGAUACAACUUCAUCCCAUAUCCACACCACAGACACAUGGCACACAUGAGCAAUGGUUUCGAUUUAAAGGCUGCCUCUCCCUACCACCACGCUCUCUUAGCUCGCGGGGGGGCUUUCUAUCCUCCAUUCCGCCCGGGAGCAGCCGAGGACCCCGGCAGGGUCGCCAAGGUGGCCACCCGAGAGAGCACCGGCGCGCUGAAGGCCUGGCUCAACGAGCACCUGAAGAACCCGUACCCAACCAAGGGCGAGAAAAUCAUGCUCGCCAUCAUCACUAAAAUGAGCCUCACGCAGGUCUCCACCUGGUUCGCUAACGCGAGGCGACGCUUGAAGAAGGAGAACAGGGUCAGCUGGGCGUCCAAGGGGAAAUCAGACGAGGAAGAAGAAGAUCAGGAGGGAGACAGCGACGAAGACGACAGUCCCCUGCAGAAAUGUCAUUUGGAUGAGCACGACGAGGCAGAGUCUCAGACCGACCGCGCGGACGCCGUUAAGCAGGUCGAGAGCGCACUUGGCCAGUGCGCACCUGUGGAUGCGCGUUUGGAGAUGCCGCAACAGACCAGCAGCGAACACCGAGACGGAGAGCUGAGACUUGUCAAGAAAGUUGAAAAGAGUGACUCCGACCACACUUCCUCAGCUUUGGAGGGUAAGGAGAACGUAACCAGUCAAAAACCCAAAAUCUGGUCUUUGGCGGAGACCGCCACCUCAGAGACUGUGAAGAAACCUCAGGACGGUAUUUACCACCCCGCUGGGAAACUGUGGGCAGAGUGGGCUUCAAGAAACGGACUGUUUGUCCCGUCAUGUUACACCACUCAUGAGAUUGUCUAGGCUGGCAUUUAGACACUUAAUGAAGGACAUUGUCCACAUCUUUUUGCACUUUAAUCUUCCGAACCUCAGGGACUCCCUGAAGUUUGCAAUGAAUUGAAAAUCUGUUGUGAGACCAAAGACUAAAAUAUGUCGUGUUUCUGUAAAUAUUUGUAGAUUUAUUUUUCCACCAACGAGAUGUAAAUUAUGUUUCCUUAUUUUUUGUUUAAAUAAACACCGGCUUCUGACGAAA